GGGACAAAAGUGCCUAAUGAUUUCUCACGUCAAUGACUUACUCUCAGGUGUUUAGCAUUUACGCACGGAUGAAGUGGUAUUUAGGAUGAUGGUGGAGCGCGUCGAGGGUCACCUCUUCAUGUACCGACGACCCGUCUACAGGGUCUUCCAGUACCUCGAGACCGAUCAUGAGGGGAUGAGCGCUGGAGGCGAUGGCAGCGGUGGUGGCGGCCUCGGCGGGGUUCAAGGCGGCAGAAAUACUCCUCCCCAUGGAUCACCCACCCCCAUGGAUAAAGCAACCCUUAAGGUUCAUCUUCCAAAUGGUGGUUUCAACGUGGUGAAAUUUGGCGAUGCCAUCGAUGUUAAAGGAAUCAUAUCGCUGGUAACAACCAGACUGGCAGCGGGGAUAAGACAUUAUAGGAAUCUUUACGCUAUGCGAUUACAUCAUCCGGCUUCUGGAGAAAGCUUUUGGCUGCACCAAGACACAACUAUGUAUCAGGUUCAAGAAAAGUAUGAGAAAAAGCAUCCACACAGCGAGUGGAGGUAUGAGCUGAGAGUGCGAUAUUUGCCACAAAAUUUAAACGAUCUCUACGAAAAGGAUAAAGUUACGUUUUACUACUACUACGAUCAGGUGAGAAAUGAUUAUUUGACUGCGAAUCACGUAACGUUGGAUCAAGAUGUCGCUGUUCAGUUGUGUUGUUUAGAAAUUAGAUAUUUCUUUAAAGAUAUGCCUCAAAUAGCCCUCGAUAAGAAAAGCAAUUUGGACUAUUUGGAAAAAGAGGUUGGCUUGCACAAAUUUUUACCCCGUGCAGUGUUGAAUGGCAUGAAACCGAAAGCAUUACGAAAACUUAUACAACAGCAUUUCAAAAAAGUUGCUGCUCUCUCUGAACUUGAAUGUAUGUACAAGUUUUUUGACCUUCUACGAUCACAUUAUAGAUUUGAUCAAGAGAGGUUUAUUUGCGCUUUAGGGACGAGUUGGUCUAUUCCUGUAGAGCUAGUCAUUGGUCCGGAUCUCGGAAUAUCAUAUAUGGCACAUCGAGGUGGCACUGUGCCGACCAGGAUGGCCGAAUUUACCCAAAUCCAGUCAAUACAAACACUGGUUUCCGACUGCAAAGAACACACAAAGGCGUGCAUUAAGCUCAGAGUAGCUGGUGCUUCCGAAACUCUCAGUAUUACGUGCUCGAGUCUUGAUCAAGCAGAAAGUCUCGCAGAUUUAAUUGAUGGAUAUUGCAGAUUAAUGACUGGCAGCAACACCUCAUUGUGGAAUAGAAAAGCUGCUUCUUGGAAAAACUAUCCCUGUCCUUGUAAAGAUGCUCAGCCACCAAAAUAUCGACAAGAUGUUACAGAGAGUCCUGAAAAAAGUGUUAAUAAGACUGGAACAAUUUUAUCUGAAGAUUAUGCAGAAAUCGUCGACGAAGAGGGAGAUUAUUCUACACCAGCUACUCGUGAUUACGAAAUAGUCAGAAAUCAAGUGGAAUUAGGUGAAAUAAUUGGGGAAGGGCAAUUUGGAAAUGUUCACAAGGGCUCCUAUAAAGGUCGAGAUGGUCAGUCUGUACCAGUUGCUGUAAAAACUUGCAAAGUCGAUGCAGAUUUAGCGACAUCUGAAAAAUUUCUUGAAGAAGCCUAUAUAAUGCAACAGUUCGAGCAUCCGCACAUAAUCCGCUUGAUCGGCGUCUGCUCCGAGGCUCCGAUCUGGCUGGUGAUGGAAUUGGCGAAACUCGGAGAGAUGCGAGCCUACCUCCAGUCGAACAAGCACCGGCUCGAUCUCGCCACCCUCCUCCUCUAUACCUUUCAACUGAGCACCGCCCUCUCGUAUCUCGAGAGCAAGAAGUUCGUGCACCGCGACAUAGCGGCGAGGAACGUCCUCGUCUCCGCGCACAACUGCGUCAAGCUCGCGGACUUUGGACUGAGCCGGUGGGUCGAGGAUCAGAGCUACUACACGGCUAGCAAAUGCAAGCUGCCGAUCAAGUGGAUGGCCCCGGAGAGCAUUAACUUCCGCAGGUUCACCACCUCCUCGGACGUAUGGAUGUUCGGUGUCUGUAUGUGGGAGAUUCUCAUGUUUGGCGUGAAACCAUUUCAAGGAGUGAAAAAUAACGAAGUCAUUGGUAAACUGGAGAAUGGCGAAAGAUUAGCUUUGCCGAGUCAUUGUCCGCCUCGGCUCUACUCCCUAAUGUCCCAAUGCUGGAGUUACGAGCCGAGCAAAAGGCCAACUUUCAAGGAUAUUCGCGAGAACCUACACGAGAUUCUGAUCGAGGAACGGCAUCAACAGCAAGAAAGUAUGCGCAGAGAAAAUCGAAGAGUUCAGGCUAUGUCGUGGGUGGGAGCGGAUGAUGCCCAGCCAGCAGCCAAGCCCCCAGGAAUCAGCCGACAAGGCUGCAACUCGGCGGUCGAUCAGUCGGAGCUCACCGCCCCCGUGUCCACGUACAUCGUCGCCCAAAGCCCGGAGGUCCUCGCGCAGCUGAUGAAGGAGAGCCAGGCACGAGGGGUAUGUCCCUCGGUGUAUACGACCCCCGCGACCCCCUUCAACUCGCUCGCCGUGCAAUUCCAGGACGAGGACAAAGUCCUCACCACGGCCAUUGUGUCGGACCUGCCGUUCGCCGAGCCCCUCAUGUCCACCUCCGAGGCCCAGACCUCCCUAACCUCCGAUCUCACUCUCUCCGAGUCUAACCUCGACUCGCUCGAAUCCUCCGAUACCAUAUCCUCGUUCCUCUCGAAUCUCAGCAUAUCCGAGUCGGUGCAGAGCCAGCAAUCCCCCAACGUUGCUCGUAAACAGCAACAGCAACAGCAGCAGCAGCAGCAGCAGCACAUAGCGUACCCCGUGAGCAAACUCGCCACCGGCGACGUCUACUCGCCGGCUCACAAAUUCCCGGGGUCUACUCCGGGGUCUACAACGUGCGCCUCCUCGGUGGCCCUCGAAAUCUACGGCCCGGUAGCGAACUUCAGCCAGAGCUCCGUAAUCGUGGGUAGCUUGAGUCAAAGUCCGAGUCUCGCCGGCAACUUUGCCGAGGCCUGCGCCCCGGAGCUCGGCGGCCACGGACCCUCGAGCUUGCCCCAGGACGUCGCUCCGGCGAUCCCGGCCUGCUCGAUCCCGCCCCAGGCGAACAGCGCCGGACUCGCUAUCCCGUCGCAGUCGAGCUCCUCGAGCUCCUACGUGCUCGGGCCUUCCCUCGGCCCCGCUUGCCCCACCCCCAACAACCUCUACGGGCCCGUGCUGAAAUUCCACGCCCCCGGCUACGCUCCCGCAGCCCCGCAUCUCCAGGCUUAUCAUCAGUCCCAGCCGAUGUACCCGCAAAACUAUCAGCAGCAGCAACAGAUCUACUCGAACGUCUCGCAGUACUCGCUGUACUCUCAGGGCUAUCAGCGACAGAACGCCCAGGCGCAGAGCUCAGCCGCGCCUAUUUACACGGUCCACGCGACCCCGACCUCGGUCGUGCAGGCCCAGAAGCUCCAGCAGCAGCAGCAUUGCACUAAUUACGGACAGCACUCCGUCAUGCACGCGCACUACGCGGCACAGCCGAGGCAGUGCGCCGUCUUUGCGGCCUGCGCCCCGUCGCAGUGCGCUGAGCUCGUCGCCGCCGCCCAGGAGGCGACCCUACCGACAUCUUCGCCACCGUCGCCGUCAUCGCCGCCACCGCCGCCACCGCCUCCAUCGGCGCUACCGCUGCCACUGCCACUGCCACUGCCGCCGCCAUCGUCGUCUUCGUCGUCGUCGUCGCCGCCCAAGGAGACGCAGCAGCACGAGCAGAGAAACGCGCAGUCUCAAAUGUUCGAGAGCACAGGCGAUUUUAAUCCACGCGUUGAAGAUGAACAGCAGUUUUUGGAAAAACGUUUGCUCGAACAGCAACGUCAAUCUGAAGAGGACAGUCGAUGGCUUGCAAGAGAAGAAAAACGAUUGUCGAUAGCAACAAGUGGAGAUGAAAGUGCAAGUCCGACAAUUCCACGAUCAGUCACGCAAUCACCUAAUCACGAGCCUCACACUCACCCCACGAGUACGGGAUCUCUCGGCUCUGACAAGAGUUCCGACAAAAUUAUUAUAGUGAAGAAAAUGGAGCCAACGCCGACGGCGGAUUUGGACAGGACGAACGACAAGGUUUACGAUUGCACGACGAGCGUCGUUCGGGCUGUCAUGGCCUUGUCCCAAGGUGUACAGCAGAGCAGGGCCGAGCAAUACCUCGACCUCGUUAGAAGAGUGGGUAUCGAGUUGCGUUCGCUUCUCUCAUCGGUCGACGCGCUCAUCGAGAUUUUGCCGGUUACCGCGCACCGGGAAGUGGAAAUGGCCCACAAAGUACUGAGCAAGGACAUGGGCGAGCUUGUCACUGCUAUGAAGCUCGCUCAAAACUACAGUGCCACGACCCUCGAUGCUGAAUAUCGAAAGGGCAUGCUGUCGGCAGCUCACAUUCUAGCGAUGGAUGCUAAAAACUUGCUGGACGUAAUCGAUUCGAUACGCAUACGUUUCCCGUACGUCGAUAGUCAGAUAUGUCAGAGGCAUUAUGAAUUGUCAAAUUCACGAAACUCUGGCCAAGAGUGCCGAAUACGUUCGAGUCAGUCCGGCGAACAGUUGCUGAAAAGAAGCCAAUCGAGCGAGAGGCAAAUGCCUGGCUUUCGGCAAAGUCAAAGCGGAGAGUUGCUGCAUAGAAUGGGACAAUCCGUUGAUCGAGGAUCUCAAGGUGGCCAGUCAGAGGGAAACGCGGUAUCGAGUCUGGAGCGACGACACCAUAUGGUCAACAGCCUCGAGCGCAAUUCAACAGCAAGGCGGCAAAUGGCGACAAACAGCUUAGAGCGAAAGCGCCCAUCUCUCUCUUGCAACAGCGCUAACUCCAUGAAUCUUCCACCCGUCGUCCCGGUCUCUUGUACUAUAAUCCAAACGAAAACGCCAAUUAUUCAGCAGCAUCAGGUGCCCAUGUCGAUGGACAUGGGUCAAGGCUCGGUAUUCAACAGCAAGAUUAUUGGCAAGGAGGUUGAGACGAACGACAGCUAACGAUAAGGCGACAACUCUAUUUAAUUAUAAUAAUGAUCAAUCGCGUC